AUGGAGUCUGUCGUGCUCAUAUUCAGUGAAUCUGUAAUUCACCUUUUAGAUGGACUAUUGCACCAAGCCAGUGGUGCUCUUUAUAGACUGCGUGUUUUUCCAUUACUUGUUGCUGAUGGUCGAAUAAUGCGUCGUUGGGUGGCCGUUCAAACUGAAGGCGCCCGUGAAUUCCAAGAGAAGGAAGAGAAGUCUGAAGAUGUACAUUCCUUUGUUCAUAACAUGCGAAAGCGGCCCUGUAUGAUUUUUAUUGAUAUGCCCGGUUCAGUUGAAGAUUUGCCAUAUUUUGUGAUUUCAACCACCAGCAAACAACUGGAAUUUCAGGUUGGCGGCCAAACAAUUGGAACUUGGUCAAUUAAGGAUGUUUAUGAAGGUAUUGUUACUAGUGUACUUAGUUACUUCCAUCGCACCCAGGUUCAACUGACUGGCAUUCGGAUCAAGAACAAAGAAGGGAAAAAGAAGACAGUUGAGACUGAUAUUUACCUAGAAGGCAUAGAUAUGACCAUUCCCAGUCAAAUGGAGAUAGUACAUAACGAAGCCAAAGGCAUUCUUAUCUCCAAGAAUAGUGUUUAUACUGAGAACCGGCUCUUUAUUAAGAUGAUUAGUGGUAAUACACUUGCUUUCACAGGCCAAGGCAUCUUUCUUAAGCUAGAAGCCCAUAACAACAAGAUAAUCGGAUCUAUUAUUAAACCAAGUACUGAACUAACUAUUCUAGAUGGUAUACUUCCAGGGGUCAGUAAGUACUAUGCUGAAAAGUUCAAGAACUCACUCGUUCGUAGUGUAGGCCCUGAGAUUGAAGGCAUUCUUGAUGGACUGAUUGGCGGCAAAGAAGAAGGUCGGCCUUUAGUUUUUGAAAAUGAGAUACAAAAGAUCAAAGCAUUAACUGGAGAUAAGAAGAACAAAAUCAUGAGUGCAGUUUUGGAAAUUCUCAACACUCUAACUAUCCCGAAUACCGAUAAAAAACACAACUACUACCAACAACUCAAAAAGAUGUAUCUAGAAGAAAGAGUUUCACCUAAUAUUGAGACUAAAAAACCAGCUGUACAAAUGCAUCUACGACCUAGCACCCCAGUCGGCCCUAGAUCUCUUUGCCAGGCCAUUUGGGAGAUGAAUUCUGAUCGACCAACAGAUUAG